ACGGGUUGGCUGGGGUCUCUGCCCACCCGUGCUCGGGGAAACCCACCCCUGCUCGGGGAGGCUCUCGGUGUGUCCGGGGCCGGGUAGGCCCGAGCGUGCCCUCUCCUCUCCAGGGGAGGUCGCGGGGGUGGGCCAAUUUCUCCGGGCCGCCGCUGCUUGUGUGCUGGGUGCCAGACUGUCACUCUGGGACGGUUUGCAGCAGGCUUGGCUUGUCCCUGCAGCCCACCCACUGGAACCCGAAUCCGGACCAGAGAGGGCCCUUCGGCCGCUGCCUUCCACUCGCAGCACCUUUGCUAGGGAUCGUCCUGACGUGGGAGGACCCUAUCGCAGUUUGAGUGGCUGUUCAGGAACUACAACGCCCCUACCAACUUUUGGCAUCGUUUCUCUCCGUAGACGAAGGGCCCCCUGUGUACCUGGAGAGGUGUUUCCUCAUCUGUAAGAUGGAGAUAAGUCGUACACCUGUCUCGGUUCUUGUGAGCAUUGAAAUGACAUGAAUGUGUAUAGUACAGAGUUGCUCAAUAAAUAUACAUUGUCUUCCGCUGUUAAGAGCUGUAAAAAUGUCUGACAAGACCCAGAUCGCUGCCAGAGCUUUCCUUAUUGAGCACCUGAUGUCUAAAAGGAGCUUUGAGGAUCUUGGCAAUCACCUGACUGAACUAGAAACGCUUCACGUGACCAAGGAGCACCUCCAGCAGACAGAUGUGGUCAAGGCUGUGUACAGAGUCCUCAAAAACUGCCCCACAGUGGCUUUGAAGAAGAAAGCCAAGUGUCUGCUGUCAGAAUGGAAAGCACUUUAUAAGGAUCCUCAUUUCAAACCGAGGGACAGCCCUACAUUAUUCCCUACAGGUGAAAAUGAAGAAAAUUCAGGACUUUCUCAUGAUGCAAGUCAGGAUGAGGUUUUGGGCGGCUCCAGCUCUAAUUCUUGGCUAUCGUCCCAGGAUGUGAUGGCGAAAGCCACUGAAACGGUUGUGCCUGAAAAUAGCCCUAGUCCAAUGGAACCUAAGGAAGAGCAUGUCAAGGGUGGUGACCCUCAGUCCACCGACAAGAGAUCAGAUGAGUUGCUGGGUCCUGCAGGGCCUGUGAGAACUAAAUGCACAAAGCUGCUUUAUGAAGCUUUAACUAGUUCUUUCACAGAUCAGCUCAAAGCUGAUCUGUGGCAAAACCUUGCAAGAGAAAUCGAAGAGCACAUUUUUACCCUGUAUUCAAAGAACCUCAAAAAAUAUAAAACUUGCAUCAGAAGCAAAGUUGCCAAUCUGAAGAACCCCAAAAAUUCGCACUUACAACAAAACUUGCUCUCUGGGGCCACGUCUCCAAGAGAAUUUGCAGAAAUGACCGUCAUGGAAAUGGCAAGCAAGGAACUGAAGCAGUUGAGAGCCGCCUACACGGAAUCUGGCAUACAGGAACAUUAUCUUCCCCAAGUGGUUGAGGGCACACAGACAAAGAAAAUAAAAUGCAGACGCUGUGAGAAAUUCAAUUGCAAGGUCACUGUAAUUGCCAGAGGAACACUUUUCCUUCCGAGUUGGGUGAGGAAUUCAAACCCAGAUGAAGAAAUGAUGACCUAUGUAAUCUGUAAUGAAUGUGGGGAGCAGUGGUACCAUAGCAAGUGGGUGUGCUUGUAAUUGUAAAUAAAUAUUCUCUUAAC